GCAAAGGGCUGCUGUUGGCUGAGCAGAUCAGAGUGGAUAAGUGGAGCUCACACCCGCUGUCUUCUACAGGAGCUGCAGAAAUUGGCCUCCAAGCACCCCAACCUGGUCAUCGUCCCGCUCGAAGUCACCGAUCCCGCCAGCAUCAAGGCGGCCGCAGCCAGCGUCGGGGAGCGCCUCAAGGGCUCGGGGCUGAACCUCCUCAUCAACAAUGCUGGGAUUGCAAAGAUAAAUUCACUUGACACCGAGACACUGAAGGACAUGUCUGAGGUGUACACUACCAACACUGUUGCUCCUCUAUUGCUGAGCCAGGCGUUCCUGCCCCUGUUGAAGAAGGCAGCCCAGGGGAGCCCAGGCUCAGGGAUGAGCUGCAGCAAGGCAGCCAUCAUCAACAUUUCCAGCAUUGCGGGUUCGAUCAAAGAAAUGUAUUUAUGGGACGCUGCACACUGCGUCUCUUACCGUUGCAGUAAGGCUGCUCUGAACAUGCUCACCAGGUGCCAGUCCAUGGGGUACCAGGAACACGGCAUCCUCUGCGUCACUUUCCAUCCUGGAUGGGUGCAAACAGACAUGGGGAGCGCAGCUGGACACACACCCCCGCUGACGGUGGACGCGAGCGUAGGAGGGAUGCUGAAGGUGCUCUCCAAGCUCUCCGAGAAGGACAGCGGGACCUUCCUGGACUGGGAAGGGAACGUGGUGGCCUGGUGAGGUGCUGGCCCGGCCUCGUGCUUGGAUCCUGGCACUGGCCCCUCUGCUGCUGCCAAACCUGUGUUUCAAUCUCAAUAAAGCCAUGUCUGAGAACAAAGAA